CUUGGAUGUCCCGCUCUUGGUGCAUCCACCGCAAACCGCAACUUCACGACAACCAAAAGAUACCCACGAUAAGAUCUUGAUACAAACCAAAACCACGCAAUAGUCUCUCUCUACAUAAAGGGCUAUAGCAAAUUGAGAAACUGCUGUCCUAUCCCGCUGCACAACCAAAUCACAUCACGUCACAACCGCCACAAUGACGUCGAUAGGAACAGGCUACGAUCUCGCCAACUCCAUCUUUUCACCCGACGGCCGCAACUUUCAAGUCGAGUACGCAGUCAAGGCGGUCGAGAAUGGCGGCACUUCGGUCGGUAUCCGGUGCAAGGACGGCGUCGUCCUCGCUGUCGAGAAGGUCGUCACCUCCAAGCUACUGAAGCCCGGCGCCAACAAGCGUAUUGCGACUGUCGAUAGGCAUUUGGGUGUGGCAUACUCCGGUAUGAUCCCCGAUGGUCGCCACUUCGUCGACCGCGCCCGUGACGAGGCCCGCUCCUGGCGCGACACAUUCAAAACUCCCAUCGGCACCCCCGAGCUCGCCUCCCGCAUGGGCGGCUACCUGCAAGCCUACACCCUGUACCAGUCUGUGCGGCCCUUUGGCAUCACCGCCAUAGUGGCAGGCUGGGACUCGUCGCUCGAGCUCCCCGUCGACGGCGAGGUUGGCGUCGGUCCGUCGUGCGGUGCCGGCGGCAAGUCGACCGACAAGAAGUACGGUGGCCCCCAGCUGUAUAUGAUCGAGCCGAGCGGUCUGUACUGGGGAUACUACGGCGCCGCCACCGGCAAGGGCCGACAGGCGGCCAAGGCGGAGCUGGAGAAGCUGGACCUCAGCGGGGAUGGCAUCAGCCUGGAGCAGGCCGUCAAGGAGGCAGCGAGGAUCAUCUACGUCGCACAUGACGACAACAAGGACAAGGAGUUCGAGCUGGAGAUGACCUGGAUCAGCAGCGAGGACGGACCCACCAAGGGCCGCCACGAGGAGGUACCCAAGAAGCUGCUCGAAGAGGCAGAGAGGCUGGCGAAGAAGGCAAUCGAGGGUGACGAUGACGAUGAUGACGACAAGGAUGACGAGAAAAUGGAGGAGUAAUAGUCGGAUGCAACGACUUCUGGAAGUUCAUGAGGCGUUGACUUUGCCGAUGAUAGAAACCUAGACAAACGUUUCUCUACGACUUGUAAUAACACAAUGGAUUCCGGCUUGGUCUAAACGAGGUCUCCGUUCACUAUAUCUUGGUGACAUGAUUGCCUG